AUGACCGACUAUGAGUUCCUAGCCGAGUCCACCACAACACCUCGAGUAUCAUCAAUUUCAGCCUCACAGGCUCUCCGCGCUUCGUUGACGCAGCUUCCAUCCGCAUCUGCAUCUGCAUCUGCGCCUGCGUCUGUUGCGCACUCCCUGCCUACCGGCUUAGAUGGAUUAGAUGAUGCAAUAUCUCCUACUCCAGGGGUAUCGGCCGGAAUUCCGAGGGGAAGUGUUACUGAGAUCUAUGGACCGCCUGGUGUAGGCAAGACUGCUUUUUCGUUGAACAUAGCAGUCAAGGUUCUGACAGCCGGGGAUGAUGAGAAGGUUAUAGACACCGGCUCACCGAUCCCCAAACCCAGAGUCAGGGACUUAAUGACUGACAAUCUCAAAUCAAUCACCACAGCUAUAACCGCCGAAAUUAAUACAGAAGAGCUCGAGUCGAAGCUUAAUGACUGCACAAACCGCUUCAUCCACAUUCGCGCGCACUCCCUCCCCCAUCUCCUAUCCCUCUUCACCCACCCACCACCCACCUUCCCUCCAAAAGGGACAAGUCUGAUCAUCAUCGACACAAUCUCUGCCCCAUACCAAUCCUACUUCCCAAAUGCGACAGAACUCAAAUCCCGUUUAGGCCUCAAACCAUCAGCACUUCAUCAAGAUCAAGGAUCUGGACCAGGACCAGCGCAGGCACAGGCACACCAACUCCAAUGGCUACUCAACCGCAAAUGGAACGUGACCAGCGACAUGAUCAACCGAAUCAGCAAACUUGCUGUGAGCCACAAUAUUGCUGUUAUAUUGCUGAAUCAGACACAUACGAAGAUAAAAGGUCAGCCGCGGCCGACGCUGUACCCGGCCCUGGCAGGAGGGUCGUGGGAGACGUGCGUACAGAAUCGCAUUGUGCUCUAUCGUGAUCACCCGCCUUCUCAUCUCGAUACCGAUGACAGAGGAAAGAGUGUGAAAGUGAGGUUUGCGGAGGUGACUAAAAAGGGUGGUAAAGUGGUCGGCAUCAGGGUUGAGGGGAAUGUCUUUCCGUUUGUUAUUGAGACUGGCGGACUACACGAGAUACGCCCUACUAUUGGCAUUGAUAACGUGCAGGAGCAACGAAGAAGUCCACCACCCCCUUCUCAAUUAGCGUCCACAUCGACGAUAACCGUACGCAAACGGAAAGUCGACGAAAUCGCGGAUAGCGAGGAUGACGACGAAGACGAGUUUCUAGAAGUGCCAGAUGAUGACUUCCAAUGGGAUGGGAACCAAGACGACGAAAGCUUGCCAGUAGAUGGGAAAGAUAAAGAUAAUGAACUAGAUAAUAACUAG